GAACGGCUCUCCAACUGCUACCUCACCGGGUGCCUCCAUCCAACUCCGGCGGCCGCAUACGGCCAGCCCCGGCGAUUCCCCGCCGCCUUUCUCCGUCUACCCACCCCUGCCUGCGCUACGCCCCUUCCUGAUGGGGGCAUCCGAAUCGCUCCUCUCCAGGCAGCAGCUGCAGCAGCCGCGGCCGCCGUGGGCGGACGAGAUCACGACGGUGUCCGAGGGCCGGCGCGACGACGCCGACGCCGACCCCCUCCUCCGCCGUAUCCGAUCCCUCACCAUAGCUCCGCCGCUGUUGAGCUCUCAGUCUGAAUCGGAGGCAGAGAGCAGCCUCACCGACAUCCUCGUCCGGAAGCCCUCUACCUCUUCUGCUGCCUCCGGAAAUCUGAACCCGAAUGUCCUGGCUGAGCUUUUCUCGAUGUACCGUGAAUGGCAAGAAGAGAAUGCCAAAAGAAUUAGCCAAAAGCAGGAGGAAAUAGAAAACAAGAUAGAAACGGCUGAUGCAUUGGCUGUUAAGCUUCUCCAGCGGUUUAAUUAUUCACUCUACAGUAUGAGAUCCACCUCCCACAACCUUGCUGAAGUUCAUCCGCUGCAGAUCGAAGUUGGUGAAUUGAAGGGCAGGUUAACUGAAGUCAUAAGCAACUGCGAUGCAUUGUGCAAGAGAAUCGCUGCGGAAGGACCAGAAAGUCUGCGAUCAUCCGUUGAACCUUUCACAGCUGGAAGAGCGGAGGCAGAAGGUAGGGGUUCACUUGGCUCAAAACAAGAGCCCCCAGUCGAAAAAUCUAACAGCUGACAGCGUCAAUGGCGUGCGGAGAAACUUUACUAUGCUGCUAAAUAGGUCUUGAGGAAAUACACGGAAGGCUUGUCCAUGUAUGUACUUUGCUAGACAGGUCAGAUGUCUGAAUUAGUCCACACUCUCUUGAUGUAGUGCUUGUCAUAGACAUGCCUGUGCAUUGGACCGCAGGUGUUUGCGACUAAUUUGUGUACAUCAGAAAAGCACGGGUGGUUUUAGCUCCUGUGCUUAUGUGUACAUGAAUCAAUGUUCCUUUUCAAGUUUACACGAGAUUAAUUUCUUCAGAA